CUUUAUUUGUCCCGACCUAAUGAGAUAUAAAAGGAAGUGGCGAAAGGGAAAAACCCUGAUUGGCUGAUUGGAUCCCCGUAUCAGGCACAAAUAUUUAGCAAUAAAGUCCCUGCCCGUACGAGUCAGAGCAGUCAGAGUGUGCUGCUAUUUUAUCCGUCACUGCUCAAACCACGAGUACAAUAAGUAGCAUCCAGCCUCCCUCCUGCUGCCGAUUUGCUCUCUGCAGGAUUCCUUCUAUACACCUGUCAGCAGAUCAUGAUUUUACAAGGAAACAGCAUUAUGAAUAUUAACCAUGGCACAAACCCGCUUGUUCACCAACCAGUCUGGAAUAACCCAUACCCUCCUUGCGAUGCUGCAGGCUAUUUUGGGGGUCAGUGGCAAGACGUCCAUCCUCAGUACUGGAGCAAGUUUCAGGUGUGGGAGUGGCUACAGCAACUAAUAGACACCAACCAACUGGAUGCCAACUGUAUCCCUUUCCACGAUUUCGACAUCGCCGGCGAGCAUCUGUGUAACAUGACUCUGCAGGACUUUACACAGGCCGCGGGCUCAGUCGGACACAUUCUGUACAACAAUCUACAGAAUCUCAAGUGGAGCGGUCAGUGUGGAAGCCAGAUGCCACAGUCAUUCAACGUUGUCAUAAAAACUGAACAAACAGAACCUUCUUCGAUGCCACCAUGGAAGGAUGAAGGAUAUUUUUAUGACAACAGCUAUGACGAAAUGUACGAGAGUAAAACAUUCUGCCGGAAUCAGCAUUCCUUGCCUUCCCCCAGCCCUUACACCAUGGUCUAUACAGAACCCGAUGGGAAAAAGGCUCAUGAACAUCCUCAGAAAGCCAGCACCAAGAAGCACAAUCCUCGUGGCACACACCUAUGGGAGUUUAUCCGUGACAUCUUAUUGACGCCAGAGAAGAACCCUGGGUUGAUAAAGUGGGAAGAUCGUUCAGAGGGGGUAUUCCGCUUCCUAAAAUCAGAGGCGGUUGCUCAACUCUGGGGGAAAAAGAAAAACAACAGCAGCAUGACUUACGAAAAACUGAGUCGCGCCAUGAGGUACUACUACAAGCGGGAGAUCCUGGAGCGGGUGGAUGGGAGACGGCUGGUGUACAAAUUUGGGAGGAACGCCCGUGGGUGGAAGGAGAAUGAAGUCUGAACUCCUGGCCGAUACCUUGGAUUCAAAGACUGUUUUAUUUAUGUUUAAAAAAAAAAUGAAGACUUUGAAGAAGGAACUCAGGAGUCAGUGCCAAGGAUUCUUCUUUUGUUUCAAGCAAGAAAUAUGCACACGGCAUUAUGGGACAUUGGGAUGAGGAUAGGGGUCGAUAGGACUUUGAUAUGGACGGGAGGAGGGAUAGAGCCCUUGGCAAGAGGCUGAGGAGGUACGGACAGGAAUCCUACCCCCAGCAGAGAUGGUAUGUGCUGAUGUAUUUAUGAACUGCAGUGCAGCCUGGCCUGAUGAUCCUCUUGCUAUCAACCUGAUGGGGACAUUCAUCUUAAAGCAACAGCAACUGCCCUUCCUUCAGCUGCCUCGCAGGGAUGGUGAUGCAACAACCAUCAAAGGGUUGGGGUCACUCAGCUGGCUGGAUAUCGUUGCUCUCUGAUACCAGAUGGAUCCCAUUUACAUCAAGGAAGGUUCCAGGCCGACCCACUUUUACACCACGCUACUAUCAGCAUUUUAUAUCUCCUUUUCAAGUCCUUCCAAUAACUGUUAAACCAUAUACACACA